AUGGUGCUGCAGUCGGCUCUUCUCUGGAAAACACAUGAGUGGGUGGGCUGUUCUCUCCCCUAUCAAUCAGGGGCUGAUGUAAAAUGCAUUAGAGCCACAGUCAGGAGCAGCAGAGGUAGAGGAGCCGAGGGGUUCUGGGGAGGAUUUUAUCAGCCGGACAAGAAUUGUCUUUUCCUGAGAGAUCAAAGCUCGACACCUGUGAGUCAAUUUCCCAGCAUCCUCUGUGGUGAGAAUCUCUGCAUCCUGUUCUGGAUAAUCUCCCAUCUGAAUAACAAGAGAAAUUCUGGUCUGCCCAGGUCCAUCCAUGACAGAGGUUAUCCAGACAAUAUGGGUUCCAUGGAUGUGGAAGAUGAACAGCCGAUCCAGCCGGUUGAAUGGGAUCAGUCUCAUAAUGCAGAGAGUAAUUCCCAGUAUAGCUGGGCUGCAUUGUGGAAUAUUCUGACCAUCGGUGGCAGCAUUUGUAUCCUUAUUCUCUCCCAGAUACUGGACCUGCCUGCUUGGCAGAAUGGGUUCUGGAGAAUGGAGGUUUCGGGGGUCUUGCUGCUCGUUGUGUGUGUUCUGACUCUGACUGGAACUGCUGUCUGGUACCUCAGGCCCAGUGCAGAACCAGCCCUUUCUGAAGACCGGCGCCAGUCAGUGAGCCGCCAGCCCUCCUUCACCUACUCCGAAUGGACCGAUGAUAGGAACGAAGACUUCCUAGACCUUGAUUCGGUGCCAGACACCCCAGUGUUUGAUUGCCUAAUGGACAUUAGGGGGGACACUGACCCAGGGACUCUGACUGUCAAACCUGUGGGCCUUCAGGAAAGAAGAGGAUCCAACGUGUCUCUGACCCUAGACAUGUGCACCCCAGGGUGUACGGAACCUUACGGGCACAUCAUGUCUCCCAGGGAACAGUGUGCCCGGGAAUAUCUCCAGAUGGCCAGUAAUGUCCUGACAAAGGAGGAGCUGCAUCAGAGAGCCCUGGACUCCUUUGCUCUACAGAAGGAAUUCUUUGAAAUCCCAAUGAACUUUGUGGACCCCAAAGAAUAUGAGAUUCCAGGCUUGGUACGGAAGAACAGAUACAAGACAAUACUCCCAAACCCCCACAGCAGAGUAUGCCUUAUGUCUCCUGACCAAGAGGAGGAGGACCCUCUCAGUUCAUACAUCAACGCCAACUACAUACGGGGUUAUGGGGAGGAGGACAAAGUCUACAUUGCUACUCAGGGACCCACAGUCAAUACAGUUGGAGACUUCUGGAAGAUGGUCUGGCAGCAGCGUUCCCCCAUAAUUGUCAUGAUCACCAACAUCGAGGAAGUCAAUGAGAAAUGCACUGAGUACUGGCCGGAGAAGGAAGCCAUGUAUGAGGAGAUACAGGUCACUGUCAAUCAGACCAUCUGGGAAAACGACUAUGAACUAAGGCUCAUAACCUUAAAGAGUGGAGAGGAAGAACGAAAUCUCAAGCAUUUCUGGUACACCUCAUGGCCAGACCAGAAGACCCCGGAUCAGGCACCCCCUCUACUGAAACUGGUACAGGAUGUUGAAGAGACCAUGAAGUGCACCAAACAGAAAGAAGGCCCUAUAGUUGUACACUGUAGUGCCGGAAUUGGGAGAACCGGAUGUUUCAUUGCCACCAGUAUCCUCUGCGAGCAGCUGAAAGAUGAGGGGACAGUUGACAUCCUCCGAACCACGUGCCAUCUGAGACUGGACAGGGGUGGGAUGAUCCAAACCUGUGAGCAGUACCAGUUUGUCCACCAUGUGCUGAGCCUGUUUGUCAAACAGAAUUCCCUCUCUGUGGAAGAAUAAUUGCCCCCUGGGAUUCUGGUUCUCACAUUCACAACGUCAUCACUGCUUUCUGCCAACCUGCGGUAACUCCUACGUGGCGAGGGGCCAGCUUUGCCCAUUCCCUGCCCAUCCAUGCCAGUGCUUGGGAAACACCGUCGUUCUCAUCGCAUACCAAAAAUAGCAGAUUUUGAUUGUACAUACGGUCUGAUGUGUUUGUAUGGGGCCACAACCUCUGUGGUGUUUACUCUUAUCUUUUUCUGGGAUUUUUUUUAAAAAAUCGCUUUCGAUAAUCAUAGUUUACAGCGUUGAUCAGCCUAAUUAUUACCCUGUCCUUUUCCAAUGACUACUUUUGCCUUUUUCUGAACUGUUUUUACAUUUUUAACUGCCGAAUACUGUGUCACAUGAUUCACUAAAAAUGAAUUCUUGGAAAAUGUUCAUACCUCAUCCUGUGGGAGCUGUGGCCCCUUGGGGCCCGGGGUCAGUAUCUCUAGAAGAGACUGUCGUAUCACUUCCCAUGUUCAUAUCAUGUAUUAAUGGAAGAGCCAGUGGAACCAUUGUGCAAUAUUCAGGGCCAAUGCUCAUGUGCUAUUGCUUUAUUAACAUUCUAUUCCAUAUAGACAUUCUGGUGCUGAGCUUCAUCAUAUUUGCUAAUCUGCUUCUAAGGGGUGGGGCAUAUUUGGCUAAAUAGUUUUCCCAAAGUAUUUGGCUCUCAAGCAAUAGCUAGGUUUGUCCCUCCUAAUAUCACCCUAAUCUUUUAGCUGUAGAUGCCCCUGGUACUUUAAGUGAACCCAUUAUAGGGGGCUGCAGGUCAGAGGGGCAGCAGGUUGCUUAUAUGUAUAAUGCUCAUAAGCCAUUUGUGCCCGUGUCUCUGCCAUAAGGUGAAGAGCAGCGACUGGCACCAUGAAUAUGUCUUUGGCUGAACUGUACUCACUGUAGGGGGUGCCUGGAAUUACCGUAGGGUGCAAAACUCUAAUAGGGGCGCAACAGAGGUGCCAUCAGCAGCCACACCAUUUCUUAUUCCCAAAGCUCCUCCCUCCAGAUACUCCAGUGACACUAACUCUGUGCCCUUGGCUACUAAAGGCCAAGUUAUUUUCACUUUGUACUUUUCCCUGUCACCAGGGCAGAGGGUUCCAUGGCAGAGGGUAAGGGGGCCAAGCCAGAAAGGCAAAUAAAGCGAGUUGGAGCAUAUAUCUAUACAGCAUGCAGUGAUGUAUUUAUUGCCUGGGAAAGGGCUAAAAAAAAGUACAAAGUGGGAUUGAACUAUAGAGGGGGGUGAACCCCGUGGGGGGCCAAGUGAAAAGGGGACCUGUGUAAGGGGGUCGUAGGUCACUUGUGAUUUCAUUUCAGAUCCCCAAAGUUAAACCUCUGCCUAAAGCUGAAGGGUAGAUUAAUAAAAUACAAAUUAAUGUACUGAAUAUAAAACAGGUUUAUCAUUUACUCUCAUUCUCUCUCACAGUGCAAGAAAAGGUACAAAACUCUGCAUGAUGAGCUUCUCUGCUCUGUGCUGCCUAUGCUCUCUAUAGCAAGAGUCCAGUGUGUGCGUGUGUGUGGGGGGAGGUAGUUGGGACCAACAUUCUUUAGUUCAGCUUAAUGGAAAUAUGUGGGACUCCCCUGUAGUGUAACUGCCCCACAAAGUAACCGCUGCUACAAGAGUGGGGCACGUACCUGCAACCUCCCUUGCAUUGUAAAAAGCUAAACAAAGGGGGUUAUUGGUAUGGCAGGGUGUUCCCUUUGCUCCAGGACCAUGUGAUUUUGUUUGUAAAUAAUUAACCCUUUCACUGCCUGGAAGCCCAUUGACUCCAUGUUGUGCAGUAAAGGGAUGUAGAAUUGAUAUAAAUCUGUUUAUAACGCAGCAUUUUUACCAUUUCUAUGAAUGUGAUUAUAACAUCAUCGCCAGGAUGGUUCUGAUGUGAUUUUUAUCAAUUGUUACUGAUGUGUGUUUCCUUUUGCAUCAAAUAAAGGCAGAUUUGAGAA